AUGAAAGCAGCUGCAGGAGUACAGUUCUGCUGCUCUCUGGUUCUGAGCAGUACCUUCUUUGCAAGUAGUGCCUACACUAUCCCCAAGCUCCCUCCAAUUCCUAUCUCUGCGGUUUCGUCUUCUUCAAACUCUCUUCUUCGUCUACCAUUAUCCGCAGCUUGGGUCUCAGUUCGAGUCCUAUCUGAUGAUGAGAAAAGAUCUUUAUAUGAUCGCUUUGGUGAGGCAGGUUUGCAAGGAGAACAUGAUGGGUCAGGCAGUGGUUCAAUGGGGGUGGAUCCUUUUGAAGUUUUUGAUACAUUCUUUGGAGGGUCAGAUGUUUUUGGAGGAAGAAGUGAUUCCUGAGGCAUCAAUUUUAAUUUCAGCAACAAGAAAAACCGAAUUCUUGAUAUUCGGUAUGACCUGUAUUUGAGCUUUGAAGAGUCUAUAUUUGGACGACAGCGAGAAAUUGAAAUUUCUUGGUCUGAGAUGUGUGAUAAUUGUGAUGGAACGGGGGCUAAAUCUAGUAGCUGUAUAAAAUCAUGUAGCAGCUGUGGAGGAACAGGAGUAGUGAAAACUCAGAAAACACCAUUUGGAAUGAUGUCAUAGGUAUCUACCUGCACAAAGUGUGGUGGAGAUGGCAAGAUAAUCACUGAUUAUUGUCGAAGAUAUGGAGAUGAUGGUCUGGUACAGUCAAAUCGAAUUAUGAAUGUGUUUAUACCAGCUGGUGCUAGUAAUGGAUCUACAAUGCAACUACAGGGGGAGGGGAACUUUGAUAAUAAAAGGGGCAUAGCUGAUAAUCUUGAUAUAGUGCUCCAUAUAGAAGAAAAGCACGGAAUCAGGAGGGAUGGUCUCAAUCUGUAUUCAACAAUAAAUGUGGAUUAUACCGAGGCCAUAUUAGGGACUGUCGUAAAGGUAGAAACAGUUGAAGGCUUGAGAGAUCUUCAAAUUCCUUCUGGCAUUCAGCCUGGAGAAACACUAAAGUUGUCACGAAUGGGAGUUCCAGACGUCAACAAACCAUCAAUUCGAGGAGAUCAUCACUUUAUUGUGAAUGUUCAGAUCCCGAAGAAAUCAGUGAUGCAGAGCGUGCACUUGUGGAGGAAUUGUCCAAGGCUUCUAGGAAAGGCUAUUCAGUUUCUUCAGACAGCACUGGGAGCUUCGACAAUCACAAAAAUAAAGGCCAAGACAAUUUUCAGUCAAGCUGGGGGACCAAAGGUGUUGCAUCUUUGUGGAACUCACUUAAAGGCUUCCUGGGGUUUUGCAGUAGUUAGUUUUGACACAUCAACAACAUUGUGGAGGUCAAGAAAGCAGGAUCCGUCACUCAUGGUCUCCAUAUUUACAGUUUUUCAUUAUAACAUGUAUUUGUACCUUGAUAGGAAAGAUUAAUUACCCCAAAGUAUUACGACGAAGAAAUGGUUCUUCUCUUCAAACAAUAAAUUCGGUUUUGCUCAUACAUUUUGUAACAAUUUUCUUUUUGGUCGUAUGAUUAGAUAAAUUAACCAAAUGACUAAUGGAGAGGGAAGAUAAUGAUAGGUCUUCUAUGUAACUUUAGCAAAUAGAGACAAUUUGCUCCGAGAAAACAAAAGGUCAAACAUUUCAAUUUAUUAUGCUUCUAGUACUCUGAAAACAUUGCAAUUCAUUCAAAGUGAAAUAUGAGUGUGGUUAUACAAUGCAACUACGGGGGUUUGAGCUUAUUAUGUAUACUGAAUUUCCUUCAAGAACCUCCUCCUGAUUUUAUGAAGUGAAAUUAAAACGUCCUUUA